GCUGUCUGCGGAGGGCCGUCCAGGCCGGAGAGGCCGCUCUGGGGGUUGGGGAGACGUUCAGGAGGUAAACGGCCAAGUCUCAGCUUCUGAGCCGCCCCUGACCGCUUGUCUUUCUCUGAAGAGUCUGAGAGGCCCCUCCCGGGAGGAGGCGGCCACACUGCCUCGCAGGGUCAGUGAGUAGGCCGAGCGGCCUCACCCGGCAGUCGACCCUGGAGGAUGAGGAGGAACAGGAGCGAGAACACCAGUGGCAACACCAGAACCUGAGCUUCACCACAGACGACAAGGACACACCAGACCCCAAGAGCACCAGCAUGAGGCUCCCAGCCAGCUCAGUCAAAUUAGGCCCAAAGCUGGAGCAAUAUCUCUCGGCCAUACAGAGAUCAGAGUCCAUCAAGGGUGCAAACGCAUCCCACACUGAGUUCCUUGAGGCUCCCGUGGAUGUUGCCAGCAAGCGCCACCUCUUUGAGAAAGAGCUGGUGGGCCAGAACCGAGAGGGUCCAGCUGCCAGCUGCAAGGAGAACUUGCAGCUCUCAGGGGUGGUGAAGUCGCGGCUCAACCUGUGGAUCAGCAGGAUCCAGGAGUCAGCACAGCAGGGCCCACAGAACCAGGAGACACAGAGGGAAUUGGCAGCUGGCAGAAAGCCCCAGUGGAGGAAGAAGCCAGAGGCCCCGCUGGGUGCCGAGAAGAUCUCUGUGCUGGAGGAGAGAGCUGUCUCAGGAAAGAGGGAAGUUCCAGACAAAGCCAGCGACUCGGAGAAGAGACUGGUGUCUGAGAAAGCCACCGUCUUCGAGAAGACCCCAGUCCCCGAGAUACAGCCAGCCCCACGCAGGGCCAUGGCCCCAUUGAGGCCCCAGGACUGGGAGCACUCAGCCUCAGCAGAGUGCCCAUCCAGCCCCGGGGAGCAGCGGGGCACUGGGCCUGAGAAGGAGCCUGAGUCUUCGGCGGGGCCUCUGCCCCGGGAUGGCGGCCUCCCGCCUGUCACUCUGCAGGUGAGGACUCGCAGCAUGGAGGCUGAAGCCAAGGCCCCCUCGCCGACACGGGCCUUGCCCACCUUCAGCAGCACCCUGCAAUGCUCCAGCCCCUGCACCAUCCCCAGGAUGAGCCCCCCUAGAGACAGCUCAGAGGUGGCCUUAACUCACAGCACCAGCAUGAGGCUCCCAGCCAGCUCGGUCAAAUUAGGCCCGAAGCUGGAGCAAUACCUCUUGGCCAUACAGAGAUCAGAGUCUGUCAAGUGUGCAAACCCAUUCCGCACUGACUUCCUUGGGGCUCCUGUGGAUGUCACCAGCAUGCACCACGUCUUCGAGAAGAAGCUGGUGGGCCAGAGCCGAGAGGGCCCAGCCUCCAGGCGCAAGGAGAACUUGCAGCUCUCAGGGGUGGUGAAGUCACAGCUCAACCUGUGUAUCAGCAGGAUCCAGGAGUCAGCACAGCAGGGCCCACAGAACCAGGAGACACAGAGGGAAUUGGCAGCUGGCAGAAAGCCCCAGUGGAGGAAGAAGACAGAGGCCCCGCUGGGUGCCAAGAAGAUCUCUGUGCUGGAGGAGAGAGCUGUCUCAGGAAAGAGGGAAGUUCCAGACAAAGCCAGCGACUCGGAGAAGAGACUGGUGUCUGAGAAAGCCACCGUCUUUGAGAAGACCCCAGUCCCUGAGAUACAGCCAGCCCCAGGCAGGGCCAUGGCCCCAUUGAGGCCCCAGGACUGGGAGCACUCAGCCUCAGCAGAGUGCCCAUCCAGCCCCGGGGAGCAGCGGGGCACUGGGCCUGAGAAGGAGCCUGAGUCUUCGGCGGGGCCUCUGCCCCGGGAUGGCGGCCUCCCGCCUGUCACUCUGCAGGUGAGGACUCGCAGCAUGGAGGCUGAAGCCAAGGCCCCCUCGCCGACACGGGCCUUGCCCACCUUCAGCAGCACCCUGCAAUGCUCCAGCCCCUGCACCAUCCCCAGGAUGAGCCCCCCUAGAGACAGCUCAGAGGUGGCCUUAACUCACAGUACCAGCAUGAGGCUCCCAGCCAGCUCGGUCAAAUUAGGCCCGAAGCUGGAGCAAUACCUCUUGGCCAUACAGAGAUCAGAGUCUGUCAAGUGUGCAAACCCAUUCCGCACUGACUUCCUUGGGGCUCCUGUGGAUGUCACCAGCAUGCGCCACCUCUUCGAGAAGGAGCUGGUGGGCCAGAGCCGAGAGGGUCCAGCUGCCGGCUGCAAGGAGAACUUGCAGCUCUCAGGGGUGGUGAAGUCGCGGCUCAACCUGUGGAUCAGCAGGACCCAGGAGUCAGCACAGCAGGGCCCACAGAACCAGGAGAUGCAGAGGGAGUCGGCAGCUGGCAGGAGGCCCCAGUGGAGGAAGAAGCCAGAGCCCCCACUGGGUCCCAAGGUGUGAGGAGCCAGUCCCAGGCCAGCAGCCAUGCUGGUCGCCUCUCCCACUCGCUUUCCACACUGGAUACGGGAGGACGCUGGCCAGCAUCCUCCCCGCCCCUCUGGGGCAGGCGUGCCCCCUGGCUUGGCUGGCAUCUUUCCCGCACCCCUGUUGGGGCAGGCAUGCCCCGUGCCUUGUUCAGAUGCGGGCACUGCACAUCUGCACAGAGCCUCACCACCCUGUCCACACGGAUUCCUGCUCUUCCUCCUCCUCCUCCAUCCGGUGGCACCAGUGUCUCUGUGCACCUCUCCCAGGCUGGCCCCCACCAUCCUUGUGCCACCUGCCAGGUUGGAGGAGCCGUGCUGACCCCUCCCAUGCCCUGCCUUGCUCCCCUUCACGCCCCACCUGCUGCCCUGGCCAAGCCGUCCUGUGCCCCCUCCCCACACUCAAGAAAGAGCAGAUAAACUCAUUCACUCUCAGGUGUGACCAAUAAUAGCUUUAAAAUCA